AACUAAGUUGAAACCCUAGAUAGAUCAGAUCGUUGAAUUAAUUACCUUAGACUAGAGGCAUGGCGGAGCACUUAGCAUCCAUCUUCGGAACAGAGAAGGAUAGAGUCAACUGCCCCUUUUAUUUCAAGAUCGGAGCAUGCCGUCACGGAGAUCGGUGCUCCCGGCUUCACACUAAACCUAGUAUUAGCCCCACGCUCCUUCUCUCUAACAUGUACCAACGCCCCGACAUGAUGACUCCCGGCGUUGACCCCCAAGGCCAAGCCCUUGACCCCCGCAAGAUCCAAGACCACUUCGAGGAUUUUUAUGAGGAUUUGUUUGAGGAGCUUAGUAAGUACGGCGAGAUCGAGAGCUUGAACAUUUGUGACAAUUUGGCUGACCACAUGGUGGGUAAUGUGUAUGUUCAGUUCAGAGAGGAAGAGCAUGCUGCUAACGCGCUUCAAAAUCUCAAUGGAAGGUUUUAUGCAGGGCGCCCUAUCAUUGUUGACUUCUCUCCAGUGACAGAUUUUCGAGAAGCCACAUGUAGGCAGUAUGAGGAAAAUGUAUGCAAUCGAGGUGGCUACUGUAACUUCAUGCAUUUGAAAAAGAUUAACAGGGACUUGAGGAGGCAAUUGUUUGGGAGAAAUAGGAGAAGGCGCAGCCACAGUCGAAGUAGGAGUCGUAGUCCACAUAGACAUCGCGGUUAUGAGGAGCGCUCACAUGGAGGCCGUGGUUCAGGUAGACGUGAAGAUGAAAGAAAUCAUCGCUACCAUGAUAGGGGCAGGAGGCCUAGAAGCCGAAGUCCUGGACAUAAAGGGGGACGAAGCAGAAGCCCAGGGUCAAGGAGGAAUAGGAGUCCUGUUAGAGAAAGUAGUGCUGAAAGAAGGGCUAAGAUUGAGCAAUGGAACAGGGAAAAGGAGGAGGCAGAAUCUAGUCAUAAGAUUGAUAAUAGUAACAACAACAAUGGCUUUGUACAUGAUGAUGAUCAAUAUAGUGAUCCUCAGCAGCAGUGACAGUGUUGAAAUCAACUACUGGCUCAAUUGAAGAGUUUGUCUGGUUGGUGUCGUUGUCUGCAGAGCAUGUUUACAGGAUUGUAAUGCUACAUUGUGGAAGUAUCCGAACGCCAAUGGACAGAUUCUCAAGAAAAUGACGUGCAAAGCUUGUCGACACGGUAUGAACUUGCUGCUUCAAGAGUAGAUUGAUGUUUAGGGUUGUUGAGUUUUUUAACUUAUUUAAAUGCAAUGUUAAACUAUUUUCCAACAAGAUCGUGUUGUAGCUUGUGGCACAAUUUUAUGCUGUGGCCAUGGAAAUACUAGCCUGGCACUCUUUUAAGCU